AUGCAAGAUGAAGUUACGGUGCAUUUCCUUACAUGCAAAACAAAGGUCGCCCCUCUAAAAGCAUCACAAACGGAUGAAUCCCUUACAAUACCCCGACUGGAGUUGUGUGCGGCGUUAUUGCUUGCGAAAUUACUUUCUCAUCAACUUUUUGUGCUUCGUGAUAUUGUAACGGUAGACUGUGUUCGGGCAUGGAGCGAUUCUACCAUUGUCUUAGCGUGGCUUAAUGGGGAUCAAAAACAGUUCAAAAUAUUCGUUACAAAUCGAGUUUCAAAAAUUCAUUCCCUUCUGCCACAUUGUGUAUGGUCUCAUGUACGAUCAUCGGAAAACCCAGCAGAUCCUGCAUCUCGAGGUAUGCUACCCGAGGAACUUAUUACCAAUCGGCUACAUUUAAAUGGUCCAGAGUUUCUGCAAGAUCCCGACUAUCAGUGGCCCAGGUUGAUGCAGAACGAGUUUUCACCUGAACAGCUACCAGAGGUUAAAACCCCAGUUAAAAAUGUUUUAUAUGUUCAGGACAGUGUUCAACCUGCUAGUAUAAUCGGCCGAUUUUCCACGUUAACAAGGAUGCAACGUGUGUUAGCGUACUGUUUCCGCUUUGCCCGUCGUCGAAAUAUUCCGAAGAGCAGUGGACCAAUUACUCGGAUGGAAUAUGACCGUGCAUUGAACGCUGCUAUUUUGUGUACGCAAAGGACUUAUCUUUCGGAUCUACAAAGACAAAUUAAAAACCAGGACUCCAUCACUCCAACAACGACAGCCCAGCUUGCUCCUUUUAUCGACGAGAAAGGACUCAUCCGUGUCGGUGGCAGAUUGAAACGUGCAUUGUUGAAUGAAGAUACCAAACACCCAAUUCUUUUGCCUCAAAAAACUCAUCUGACGGAGAUA